GCUUGGCGCCGUUGGGGGACCACACAACAGUCAACACCCUUCUCAGUCCACACCGAGUCCAGUAACAAGACAAUGAUACGUCCGGGUUGUGCGUACGAAACCAGGUCAAUCGUUUUCAUAGCAAAAGCACUUCACCCGGGCCCCAACUACAACGUAUGCCUAGUACACAUGAGCCUUCGAUCGACGGAGUGAGGCGGGCCGACGGGGCGAUGAUUAUGUCAGCAGGGAAACGCCGACUUCCCCCGCCUGUCUGCUAAAGAAACUUGCAAUCCGACGUCGUCCCUUGGCAAUUACUACAUAGUGCUGCUUGCCCGCAAUCUCCGUGGUCAAGUCUACUAUGGUCUCGUCCACCGUCAAUGUUGCCCGUUAUACUGCACUAUUUGCUGGUGUCUUCUACGGCAUCUACCACCGCCGUUCCUUACAAAAAGCACAUGACCAUGAAAAAGAACAACACGCCAUCCACCACCGGGAACAACUAAUAGUACAGGCAAAACAAGCAUGGCAUCAGAAGCAGGAGAGUGCAAAAGAUGAUGGCGUGGUUACCGACCCAGAGGAUCCACGGUUUGACUUGGAAAAACUCAUUGCCAAAUGGGAAAAAGAGUCACUAUAGAUCCAUUUCAUUCUUUCCGUCAAUAUACCGUGAUAGAUUGCAUCCUCUGCUUAAUUUUCGAGCGUAGUAUGUGUGAGGAAAGUGAUGUGCAACGCCCAGUAUCGUUCGGUGGUCAUUUUAUCGUACAAUUAUAUCAACGCUGUGAACUUGGGU